UUCUCAUAAUUUUUUUAUUCAACAGGAAAAAUUAAAAUAAAUUUAACUGAGCUUUUAGAAUUUGGUAGAGAAAUAUAGGAAGUGAUUGUUUUUGUUUUGGUAGAGAGCUUUUGCCUUCUAAGACACUUCCAGAACCGUUAGGAGAGGACUCGUUUUGCAACUAUUAAAAGCCUGUUCUCAUCUGUUACAGUCUGAGAUUGAUAUGUCAGGGACCGAUAAACCCAGAACGGUGAAGUUACUCUGCCCGUCUCUGUCCAAGACGGUGGCAUUCGCCGCAUGGGAUGACCAGAAACUGGACUUGGGAUCCAUAGCCAGGGCCUUCGGGCUAGACCCAUCAACGUUAAAGCUCAAUGGUCACUUCCUCAGCAGAGGGGUUGAUCUUGUAUCCUCCUCUGUUACAUGGAGAUCGCUUCUCAGGUUCUUCUCUUCUAAAGGGUUAUCUACUGGUAAAGACGAUAAGGAUGCUCUUAUUGUCCAUGGAAAGCUCUGCAAAUCCGGGAGAGCAAAUGACUCUCAAGAUGCUGCUCCUUCUAGCAGAGUAAACUACAGGACAGAAACAGAGGAAGUUAGUACAGGGCCACAGCCUGAACUUGUUAUUAACUUCCCCAUGAAUAAGAAGUUAAAGGACAACAAUUCAGGAAGCGAGGAUAGUCAUCAAGUAUUCAGAUGCAAUGGUCUGGGCUUCAAGAGGAAGCAAUUGUUGGAAGAUUUCAGUUUAUUCAAGAAGUUGAAAAUAAAUGAAGCCAACUCAGAAUUCAGAAUAACAAUUUGUGUGAGCCAUUUUCCAGAACUUGGAGAAAGAGGAAAAAGCUACCCCAGCUUUGUUUUAACCAGCAAAUUGAAAUGCAGCUAUAUGGGCAGCAAUGUUAAACGGAUGAGAGAAGAUGAGGUGAUCCUGGCUGCUCCUUGCAAAAGAAUCAGAUGAAAUUUCCAUUUGCUUAACAGUUCUCGGCUGCUGCUUAUAUAAAAUGGGAACUUUUCUUGAAGAUUCGUUGGGUUCCAGAUCAUCGGAUCCCAAAUUUGUAAAUGAUAAAAAUUACAAAAGGAGGAAGCAAUCUGGGUUUUGUAAACCUUGUAUGCAUUUGUUCUAGAAGCCACAUUGUGAUUGAUUUGUGAAUUGUGAUAUUGAAUCAUGCAUGUGGAAUGUGGAGAUUAUCUACUCAGAGAACUGGAUUUCAAAAA